AUGAAGCUCUACGUGCAGUGCAAUCCACUGCUUGACAUCUCGGCUGUGGUCACUGAGGAUCUCAUGACGAAGUACAGUGUGGGGCGUGCCGUCGCCAUUCUGAUGGGGAAUGAGCAGCAGGGCAUCUUUGAGGAGCUUGAGAAGAAGCCGGAUGUCAAGUACGUCCCUGGUGGCUCCGGCCUCAACACGGCGCGCGUGGCGCAGUGGAUCCUGCAGGCACCGAAGGGCUCCUUUUCCAUGUACGUUGGCUGUGCCGCCGAUGACCGCUACGGUAAAAUCCUGAAGGAGUCCGCGGAGGCAGAUGGUGUCACUAUGGUGCUCGAGUACACAAAGAAGGAGCCAACGGGCAGCUGUGCCGUCUGCAUCACGGGGAAGGAGAGGUCGCUUGUCGCCAACCUCGCCGCUGCGAACCACCUCUCGGAAGAGCACAUGCAUUCUGCCGAGGUGCAGAAGCACCUGGAAGAGGCGAAGCUGUUCUACCUUACCAGCUUCACACUAACUGUUAAUGUUAACUACGUUCUGCAUGUUGCUCAGAAGGCGCGGGCGGUGGACGGCAUCUUUAUGAUGAACCUAUCCGCCCCAUUCCUUAUUGAGUUCUUCGGGGAACAGUUCAAUCAGGUGCUUCCGUACGUCGACGUCAUCUUCGCCAACGAGGUGGAGGCACAUACACUCGCCAAGGUAAAGAAAUGGGACGCACACAAUGUCCCAGACAUCACAAGGCGGGCGCUGCAGGAGCUGCCGUACUCAGGUACCAAGAACCGCUUAAUCGUCAUUACUCAGGGCGCCCACGCCACUGUUUGCGCCACGAAGGACGAAGUGUUGGAGGUGCCGGUGCCGCCGCUGGACACUGCCAAGAUGGUUGACCUCAACGGCGCCGGCGACGCCUUUGUGGGCGGCUUUCUGGCAGCCUACGCCCUUGGGCGCGAUCUAAAGUGCUGCUGCGAUGCCGGUCACUACGCCGCACAGACGGUGAUUCAGCACAGCGGCUGCACGUACCCCGAGAAGCCGUCUAUUACUCUGUAA